AAUGGAGGAGAUUAAAUUGAAAAAAACAAACGAAUGAUGUAUAGAGUUGAUCAAUUAUGACAUCAUAGGGGUUUGUUAAUAUUGGCAAAGCUUACUGUCCAUGCUAUGAUGGAAUCCAAGAAAAAUUAGACUUUCAGAGUUUGCAUGAAUAGAAUGUAUUGUUAAAUGACAUGAUGAAGAUGCAAACCUUAGCUAUAGGAAGAUGAAGUUAUCACUUGUAUUAGUUGGGAUAUACAUACAUGUAGCAGAAUCAGUGUUUAAAGCUUAUGUUGACCAGUGUCCUUUGCAAGGUAAAGAGAGAAUCUUCAGGUCUACAUCAGUAUGUCAAUCUGUACAGCAAUACCACUGUUUGUAUGAUGACGAUUUACGGUUAGCAGAAAUAUGUCAAACUUUCAAACAACUUCCCCCAGGAAACUAUCCCCGCUACAGUAGCUUUGGUGAUGACAUAUACUAUGAUCCAUGUCCAGCUGGGUUGUAUCAAAUGGGACCAGCCAAAUCCUAUGAAAUAACAAAUUGUUUGUUCACAAAAUCUCAUUGUACAUCUGAGGGGCAAAUAGUUUGCUCAAAUGGAAGUGAAAUAUCUGAUGUCACCUGCAGAUGUGAUUAUCAGAAUGGAUAUGCAAUGGGUCAAACCAAAUGUUGCUCUCCUACCUUAUUUGAAGAUUGCACUUGUUACAAAAAGAGAUGUCCAGGUGAAAAUCAAGAACUGGAUCCAGAUUACAGAUGUGUUAACAAAUGCAAACCUGGUUUUGUAAGAAAACAAGGAGAGUUUGAUUGUACCUUGAUAGUUCAAACAAAAAACAUAACAAAACCUGCUUCAAACAAUAGUUCUUUAAACCUUGGAAGCAAAAAGAGAACAGACCUAUUUAAUGAUAAUGCUUUUAAGCAUUAUGAUAUUACCGACAUGCAAACCAUCCUCUACAUCCUUAUUGGCUUAUACAUACUGCAUAUAGUAGUUGUAAUAUGGGAGGCAGAGUUAUCUCCCCUGCCUCAUAGGUAG